UAUUCCUUGUUAACUAUUUAACAUACCUUCAAAACAUUGGCUGCAAUAUUCGUAUUCAAUUACUAGUUUAGAUUAAAAUAUUAUUUUAGCACAUAUUUAUUGUGGAUAUUUUUGAGCCUCAGAUCCACCAUGUAGUAAGCACCCCAACUUGCCAAUAAAUUAUAAUUUCUUGUCUCCAAUAUGGGAGCUAAAAUUAUAUUAAUUUGCUUUCGGCUAAAGUUGGUUGCAUUCCAUUGAACUCACUUCCCUUUUAGGUAACUCUGAAAAUUUCCUCAAGUAGCAUAAUUCUCAAAAAGUCCAAUUUUAUGCAGGAAUAUCUCGUUUUUGUUAUGAAUCUGUUUUCCUUAUUAAAUCGUCCCACUGAAAGUGCUGCAUAUAACAAAGGACAAGCACUGGCAACACUGAGAUUUUCCUUUUUAGGUUCGAAAAAUCAUUUACUCGAUUGGGAAGUAGUUGCAAAAAUUGGGGUAAAGCAGGAUAUUUUGUAUAUCCAUUUUUUUAUAUAUGACAAACGGGAUUCCCAAGGGGUUACUUGUUGUACUUGCUCUGGUAUUUUGCUCGUAUUCAUCCAAGUACUAUUACAUUCAUUCGCUCUUUUUAAAUAGGUGUUGUACGAAGAAACUAUAGCGGGUUGCAAUUAUCAUGAAAGUCUCCACUCUCUUGCACGCUACAGUCCUUUCAUCAGCAAUAGUUGGAGCUGCAGAAAUUGAUGACUCCAGAAAUUAUAAAAGGUCUUUCUUUGACAGUUUAAGUAAUGCUUUGUCGGGUUCAACCGCCAACAAGGAUAGCGGUGUAGCUGCCGCUGGUGCCCCAGCAGCAGCACCUGCACCAUCACCUGCGGUAGAUUCCACUCCUGUUGCUGCUUCUGCUCAAGCUAAUGCGGGAAUUGUUGCUUCUUCUUCCCCAACUGCUGCUACAAACGCUGGUCUUGGAGGCACAAAUAUCAUUUUUGGAGAUUCAUCCAGCGUCAGCUCAAGCUCCCAAUUCAGCUCUAGCUCAGAACUAAGCUCAAGUUCGGAAUUUAGUUCAAGUUCUAGUUCAAGCUCAAGCUCAAGUUCAAGUUCAAGUUCAAGUUCUAGUUCUAGUUCUAGUUCUAGUUCUAGUUCUAGUUCUAGUUCCAGCUCCAGCUCCAGCUUAAGCUCAAGUUCUAGUUCUAGUUCUAGUUCUAAGAUCACAAGCUCAAGCUCAGCACAUAGUUCUAGUUCAAUCGCAUCAUCUAGUGCUACCAGCAGCUCAACAUUGGAAGAUUUAGGUUUUGGUUUGUUUGGUGACUCUGCAACUUCUUCCCUGUCCAGCUCAAUAGCGUCCGCAACUGAGUCUACAUCUGAACCAGUUGCAGCUGCAUUUUUUAGAUUGGGUGCAACAACCACAGAUUCAACUUCUUCCUCUAUUAUCAGUAGUUCGUCGGCCGUACCAACUACUAAAGCAUCAGUUGCCUCUUCAGGGCUGUCUCCUAAGGGCCUCUUCGCGAUUUUGGCCGACAGUCCAAGUACGCUGGAAUCUUCCAGUUCUGCUGACCCAGCCUCAUCAUCUUCUGGACCACAAUCACUGGACUCCGCUUUUGACGAUCUUGACUGUGAAGAAUCAGGUGCUUCAGAGCCUCCAACUGAGCCAACAUCUACGCCUGAUGUUGGACCCACCUCGUUGCCACCGGUAGUGAUUCCAUCCGCAAGUGAUGGCUCUACACCUCCAUUGACCAGUGGAAGCCCUAUUAUUCCUUCUCCUAGUGAUGACGUUGAUUGUGAAACUGAGACUGACACUAGCGAUGUACCUACCAUCAUUCCAUCCGGUACAAUUGUUCCACCAGGACCCCUUGGUCCAUCAGCUAUUCCAACAGCUAUUCCAAGUGAUUUGCCAAUCUCUUCAGAUGACGUUGAUUGUGAAACUGACACUAGCGAUUUACCUCCUAUAAUUCCAUCUGGUACAAUUGUUCCAACUGGCACAAUUAUCCCAACUGGUUUACCAAUUUCUUCAGAUGACGUUGAUUGUGAAACUGAAACCGACACUAGCGAAUUGCCUACUAUUAUUCCAUCGGGUACAGUUGUUCCAUCUGGCACAAUUAUCCCAACUGGUUUACCAAUUUCUUCAGAUGACGUUGAUUGUGAAACUGAAACCGACACUAGCGAAUUGCCUACUAUUAUUCCAUCGGGUACAGUUGUUCCAUCUGGCACAAUUAUCCCAACUGGUUUACCAAGCUCUUCAGAUGACGUUGAUUGUGAAACUGAAACUGACACUAGCGAAUUGCCUACUAUUAUUCCAUCUGGUACAGUUGUUCCAUCUGGCACAAUUAUCCCAACUGGUUUACCAAUUUCUUCAGAUGACGUUGAUUGUGAAACUGAAACCGACACUAGCGAAUUGCCUACUAUUAUUCCAUCGGGUACAGUUGUUCCAUCUGGCACAAUUAUCCCAACUGGUUUACCAAGCUCUUCAGAUGACGUUGAUUGUGAAACUGAAACUAGUGAGGUUCCAACUGUUAUUCCAACUGGAACUGUGAUUCCAACAAAUGUUCCUGGUUCUACCGAUGAUGUUGAUUGUGAAACUGAAACUGAAACUGAAACUACCGUGCCUACUGUAAUUCCAACCGGCACUGUAAUUCCUACCGGUACCGUAAUUCCUACCGGUACAGCUAUUCCUACUGAUGACGUUGACUGUGAAACAGAAACAGAAACAACCACACAUACAACCACGGUACCAGGUGGUGGACCAGGUCCUAACCCAACACAUGGUGGUGGUGGAGAUGACGUUGACUGUGAAACUGACACUGUGACCAACUACCAUACCACUACUUCAACAAUCAUUCCUGGCCAGCCGGCUGCAACUGAUGAUUGUGAAGAAGAAGGUGGUAACGGUGGCAACGGUGGAAAUGGUGGAAAUGGUGGAAAUGGUGGAAAUGGUGGAAAUGGUGGAAAUGGUAGUAAUAAUGAUGUUGAUUGUGAAACUGACUACACUACUAACUACCAUACUACAACUUCAACCGUUUAUCCUGCACAUCCAACUGGGGGUUCCCCUGGAUAUCCAGUCUCUCCAUCACCCGCAGAUGAUUGUGCCGAUGACGAUUACGAUGAUUCAUCUGAUUGUGAAGAAUGCCCUGAAGACGACGAAUGGGAUUGUGAAGAUGAUGAUGAAGAUGAUGAAGAUUGUGAAGUGUGCGAAGAGGAACCUUCCAGUCCUGCAAAGCAAGUUGAAAUUGCUUCAUCCGUAGCCCCUACUCCUGUGGCUGCACCAUCAACAACCGUCGCAGCACCUACAUCUUCCCCAACCGUGCCAAUAGCCAACUCUUCGAACAAGGUUGUAUAUUCAACUGGCGUGCUUUUGGCCUCGCUCCUUACCGUCCUAUUCAUCUAAUAAGCUAUAAUUGCAGGUCAAUUUAUGAACCAAUAGCAGUUUAAAAGGAAAACAAUACUAAAGAGCUUUAGAGGUUGAUGUUUUUUUGCACCCAAUUUAAAAAAUGAUUACCCCAGUUUACCAAAAAAAAAUAAUGAUUCUUCAUUAACACAUCAUACCAGUUACACCCAAUAACUUCGUUUUAUAUUUCUUUUGUCAACCUUGACAUUAAUUUUUCUCAUUAGCUACACUAUGAUACAUAGUUAAUGUAAUUAUUAAGCAU